AGCAAUAGUAUAGGGGUUAUAUCAGAAUUACCCAUAACUUCGCGGCAACGUUUCAGGAGAUCUAGGGCUGCGUCGCGCGAACACGACCCGACCCAAACAACCGAACCCCCAUUUCCUUCUUCUUCUUCUUCUUCUUCUUCCUCUCUCUCUCUCUCUCCCCUCUGACAUCAAUUCCCCGGUAAAAGUUCUCUCAGAUCCCCCAAUUUCCUCAGCAAAAUAAAACCUCUGAAAAAUGUCACACGGCGACACAAUACCCCUCCACUCCACAUCCCAGUCCGACAUCGACGAGAUCGAGAACCUCAUCCACUCCACCCUUCAAUCAAACCCCCAAGCCACCGUCCUACCCGCCCGCCCACCAAGCCCGCCCCGCAUCCCCGUCUCCUCCUCCCCCUUCAUCCCCUCGAAUCUACCCCCGCCGCCGCCGCCCGCCUCCCACCAGAAACCCACCCCGGUUCCGCCGGCCGCGUCAGCUCCGCCUCCUCCCCCGCCGAGAUCCGGUGAGAGUAUUGGGGCCUCGGGCUUCGGGUCGCCUCCGAACACGUUGACGGAGCCCGUGUGGGACACGGUGAAGAGAGAUCUAUCGAGGAUCGUUAGCAAUUUGAAGCUGGUCGUGUUUCCGAAUCCGUAUCGGGAGGAUCCGGGGAAGGCGUUGAGGGAUUGGGAUCUGUGGGGCCCGUUCCUCUUCAUUGUCUUCCUUGGCCUCGUUCUCUCCUGGUCUGCAUCUGUUAAGAAGUCUGAGGUUUUUGCUGUUGCAUUUGCACUACUUGCUGCUGGCGCUGUGAUUCUCACGUUGAAUGUACUACUUCUGGGGGGUCACAUAAUCUUCUUCCAGAGUCUGAGUCUUCUGGGUUACUGUCUAGUCCCUCUUGAUAUUGGAGCCCUUGUAUGCAUGUUGUACGACAAUGUGAUACUGAAGGUGAUUGUCGUUUGUGUGACGUUGGCUUGGAGCUCAUGGGCUGCUUACCCAUUCAUGAGCACAGCUGUGAACCCAAAGAGGAAAGCUCUUGCACUCUAUCCUGUUCUUCUCAUGUAUGUAUCUGUUGGUUUUCUCAUCAUUGCAAUCGAUUAGAAGUUGUGGCUGUCAUACAGAUUGUAUAGGCUGAUCAAAUGCACUUGCAGUUUUUAGGCAUUUUAUGUAGUGGUUAUUUUGCUUUUCUUAUGGGAUUCUUUUUCAUCUUUCCCUGGAUUCUGGUUUUGACACAGUAUCUGGUACUCUACCAUCAAACUCUAUCAAACUCUAUACAUAUAUGAAGUGUUUACAUGAAA